GUUCAUUUCAGGUUCUGUCUUGUACUCAUUCAGACCGUCACAUGGCUCGUCCUCUGAUUCUCUUUGGUGUUUUACUUUACACCGCAGGAACUUUGAGCAUGAAGACAUUGGAUCGUGUAACUUUAAGAGAAGGAGGAAGCAUUACAAUCCCCUGUCUGUAUGACAAUCAGUAUAAACAAAACACAAAAUACUGGUGUGAAGGUUAUUUUUGGAAUUCUUGCAAAAUUACAGCAAGUACAAAUGCUAUAGGGAAAUGGACAAUAACUGAUUAUCCAGCAGACAGUAUUUUUACUGUGAAACUCCACAAUCUGAAAUCCUCAGACUCUGGAUAUUAUUGGUGUGCUGUAGAGAUCGGAAAUAAUGAAGAACCAGAUGACAAAAAAAAUUUGUAUGUAACUGUUAAAAAAGCUCCUGAUGUGUCUGUGGUGAGCAGCAGUGUAUCUGGACAUGAAGGUGGUGAUAUCAGUGUUCAGUGUUUCUACAGUUCUGGAUAUCAGAAUGAAGUCAAACAGUGGUGCAGAUAUAAAGAUCAGAGCUGUUACACAGUGGGGAGGACUAACACAUCCCAGAAUUCAUCAGUCCAGAUCAGUGAUGAUGGGAGAAGAUCCUUCACUGUGCUGAUGACUGGACUGAGACUCACUGAUUCUGGCUGGUACUACUGUUCUGCUGGAGAUCUGCAGGCUCCUGUUCAACUUAAUGUCUCUGAUGUUGUGACCACAGAAGGAUUUGUUAGAAAUAGUUUUCCUAAACCAGCUGUUAGCACAGACACCAGCACUGAGAAGAACAUGCCGCACAGAGAGGAGCAUUUCUGUCUGUCACAGAAUUAGAGAUCGCGGGCUCUUCUGACAUUGACCUGGAGGAAUUCUGAGCAUCUUUAAAUAACAGAGAUUGUGCUAAACUCUCAAAAGAUUUGCAUUUGACUGUCUGAUUGAUGUGUAAAGCAACCAAUUUGUUUUCAAAGUCUGUUAAGGGGUGGGAUCAUCAGAAAUCAAUUACUGGGAUAAUAGAGACCAAUGGAUAAGAGUAAUUCAAAUAGUGGCGCAACAGACUCAGAUCAUAAAACAUCAAAGCACUAAUUAUUUCAGAAAAACUGAUGGAAUAUAGA